UGCAGGAGAUCCCGAGAAGCGCAAUAAGGUUUACCAAGAAACCGAGAGUUUUGUCUUUUAAACAAUACUGCGAUGCGGAUACUGCGGUCCAAGGACUUCACUUCAGCUUACGGGUUCAUCUCAAAAGUGCGCCCAGUGAAGGGAAUCGUUUCAAGAGAUCCCCUGAGAUGGGACGCCGGGGUACGCGGGGGAACUACAGUCGCGGCGGAGCGGCGGACGAACUCGGCGCAACGUGGACGGAGAACCGCCUCCUGCGUGCCAGCAGGCGCCGCGAAGAGACUUGUCGACGCUCAACAAAGCUGCCGAAAAUACACCUCAUCUUCCUCAUCUUCCUCCUCAUCACCCUACACAACAUACGAGCAGGCUUUUUCCGCGGCCAGCCGUCACCCAGAGAAGUACUGGCAUGACAUUGGGCGGAACAUUGACUGGUUUGAACCUUACGGUAAAACCUUACACAUAGAAGACCCUGUUUUCCCGAACUGGUUUGUGGGAGGGAAGGUGAACGUGUGCCACAACGCAGUGGACCAUCAUGUCGAGAACGGGCGUGGAGAGCAGCCUGCCAUCCUUUACGAUAGUCCUGUAACUGAAACCAAACAGACGAUCACUUUCAGAGAACUCCAGGACCAGGUGUCCAGACUGGCGGGGGUCUUGGUGAAGAAUGGAGUACAGAAGGGGGACCUGGUGGUGAUUUACAUGCCCAUGAUUCCUCAGGCCAUGUUCACCAUGCUGGCCUGUGCCAGGAUCGGUGCCCCUCACAGCCUGAUCUUCGGUGGCUUCGCCUCCAGAGAGCUCUCCAUCCGCAUCGAUCAUGCCAAGCCUAAGAUGAUUGUGACCGCCUCGUUUGGUAUUGAGCCGGGCAGGCGAGUGGAGUACAUUCCCCUGGUGGAGAAAGCCCUGCAGAUGAGCUCCCACAGGCCAAGUAAAGUCCUCAUCUACAACCGACCCAACAUGGAGAGGGCGUCCAUGAGUCCAGACUUGGCUUUAGACUGGGAGGAAGAGAUGGCUGCUGCUCUGCCCCAUGACUGUGUCUCCCUGCCCUCCAACCACCCUCUUUACGUCCUCUACACCUCGGGGACCACCGGGACCCCCAAGGGCAUCGUGAGAGACACCGCAGGCUAUGCCGUGAUGCUGAAAUGGACCAUGUCAAAUAUUUAUGGACUCAGUCCUGGAGACGUGUGGUGGGCGGCGUCUGACCUGGGCUGGGUGGUCGGCCACUCCUACAUCUGCUACGGCCCCCUCCUCCACGGGAACACCACCAUUCUCUACGAGGGUAAACCUGUUGGAACGCCAGACCCCGGAGCAUUCUUCCGCGUCCUGUCAGAGCAUGGAGCGUCUUCCAUGUUCACAGCGCCCACCGCCAUCCGAGCCAUUUGCCAGCAGGAUCCCAGUGCUGCCGUCGGACGGAAAUAUCCCCUCACCAGGUUGCGGAGUCUUUUUCUCGCGGGGGAGCGGUGUGAUGUCGAGACGCUUGAAUGGGCCAAGAAGAGCUUCGGUGUACCUGUCCUGGACCACUGGUGGCAGACCGAGACUGGCUCAGCCAUCACUUCCUCCUGUAUCGGUCUGGGCAACUCACUCACUCCCCCUGCAGGCCAAGCGGGCAAGCCUGUCCCAGGCUACAAUGUCACCGUGAUUGAUGAUGACAUGCGGGAGGUGAAGCCAAGAAUCCUGGGAAAUAUUGUGGUGAGAUUACCUCUACCACCGGGGGCAGCGUUGUCACUGUGGCAGAACCAGGAGCUGUUCAGGAAACUGUAUUUUACCAAGUUCUCCGGCUACUACGACACAAUGGAUUCAGGUUUUGUGGAUGAGGAGGGCUUCCUGUACAUCAUGUCGCGGACUGAUGAUGUUAUCAAUGUGGCAGGCCACAGACUGUCUGCCGGGGCCCUGGAGGAGUCUCUGCUGCAGCAUCCUGGCGUGGUGGACUGCGCUGUGGUGGGUCUGGAGGACUCUCUGAAGGGCCACGUUCCCCUGGCCCUGUGUGUACUCAAGAAUGGCAUUCACCAGAGCCAGGAAGAGAUGGUAAAGGAGAUGGUGAAGCUGAUCAGAGAUGCCAUUGGGCCGGUGGCCGCCUUUAGGCGAGUGCUGUUUGUCAGCGCGCUGCCGAAGACGCGUUCUGGAAAGAUCCCUCGCUCCUCUUUAGCCAACUUGGUCAAUGGCAAGCCAUACAAGAUCACGCCGACCAUUGAGGACCCAAAAGUGUUUAAAGACAUCGAGAGACAGGUCCAAAAGGCUCUGAGACCAGCAGGACUGUGAACUCCUCCAUGGGAUGAUAUAUUAUCAUGAGGCUCCAUAGUGAACAACGAAGAAAGGACGUUUUAGCAUGGGACAUUGGCAAGAUGAACCAAACUAGAACCGCACCUGUUCAAGUUAUCUCCUCUGCAACGUGCGAUGUAGCUUAGAGCAUUGGUUUGGGAGAAAGAUGUGGCGUAAGCACAAGUAUGUAUAUUUUUUCAUUAUUUUAUCACUCCAUUCAGAACAAAUAGCCUUUUGUACUACCUUGGAGUAUAAUGUGAAAUCUUAUAGUGCAGCUAGACAUGCACACUUGUUGACUUAGCAAGGUUUACCGUCAUGCAUCAUGUUAAGGCAGCCAUCCAGACCAUUUAAAACCCAUGAAGCUGGGUUGAACCUCACAUGAGUAUAGUUUCUAGCGCUGACUUGAAAUCAUUUCAAAUUUGAAUUAAAAAAAAGU